ACGUUUUUAUUAAUCUCCAUCCUCUUCUUCUUCUUUCUUCUUCUUCUUCUUCUUCUUUUGUGUCGUCUUCGUCUUUUGGGGUUGGAAGCGACCGGAGGGCUUUAAUCUAGAGCCGGUUCCAUCGUACGGUCAGGACUUUCCCCCACGGGAAAAAGUCUAUAUGACUAUAUCCACACUGCAGUCUCCACCACCUGACCAGAACCUCAAACUGAACAAAAUGUUUUGUUAUUUUCAAUUUUAAAACCUCUCUCACAACGGGCUAAAACGAGCUUGCCUUUUUAGGCCUACUUUUUCAUUAUCUCUCAGUCUUCCCUUUCCUUAUAUAUAAUUUAUUCAAUCAUUUCCUUUUACUACUACUACUAAUAAGUAAUAAUCUUUCUUUGCACUCUUUUUUUCCUUCUCGCCCUUUACGUCGUCGUCUUCUUCAGUUCACAAAUCUGCUCUUUCAACAAUCCGCUCGAGCAAGUUUGUAUUGUUUAAACACCGAGAGCCUAUGGAACCUAAUGGUCAUAGGAGAUUGAGGAGAAGGGAUCAUCAAGUUCAAGAAAAUGGAAAUCCUAAUUUUCCAUGUUCUGUCAAUGAUUUAGAUCCAUGGACUGCAUGGGCGUACAAACCCCGUACUAUUUCAUUGUUAUUCAUUGGUGCAUGCUUUCUUAUUUGGGCAAGUGGAGCCCUUGAUCCUGAGAGCAACGAAUUUGUUGAUCUUGUAACAUCUGUAAAAAGAGGUGUAUGGGCAAUGAUUGCAGUUUUUCUUGCUUAUUGCUUGCUGCAGGCUCCUUCCACGGUCCUUAUUCGGCCACAUCCGGCAAUUUGGCGUUUAGUUCAUGGAAUGGCUGUUGUUUACCUUGUCGCACUCACUUUUAUGCUUUUUCAGACGUGCGAUGAUGCUAGACAAUUCAUGAAGUUUCUCCAUCCUGACCUUGGUGUUGAGCUUCCAGAACGAUCCUAUGGUGCUGAUUGUCGCAUUUAUAUUCCUGAAAAUCCCUCUAACAGAUUUAAGAAUGUUUAUGAGACGCUAUUUGAUGAAUUUGUUCUAGCCCACAUCUUUGGCUGGUGGGGCAAGGCCAUUUUAAUCCGCAAUCAGCCGCUUCUCUGGGUCCUCUCAAUUGGAUUUGAGUUUAUGGAGCUUACCUUCCGACACAUGCUACCCAACUUUAGUGAGUGCUGGUGGGACAGCAUUAUUCUUGAUAUUUUGAUAUGUAAUUGGUUUGGUAUUUGGGCUGGAAUGCAUACUGUUAGGUACUUUGAUGGAAGAACUUAUGAGUGGGUUGGUAUAAGCCGCCAGCCUAACAUCAUUGGCAAAGUAUGUUUUUCCCGUGUGAAACGAACAUUAGGACAAUUUACGCCGGCACACUGGGACAAAGAUGAAUGGCACCCAUUUCUUGGUCCAUGGCGUUUCAUUCAAGUCCUCAGCCUUUGCAUUGUCUUCUUGACAGUAGAACUUAAUACAUUCUUUCUGAAGUUUUGUCUCUGGAUUCCUCCUCGAAACCCUGUAAUUGUCUAUAGGUUGAUUUUGUGGUGGCUAAUAGCAAUACCGACAAUUCGCGAGUACAACUCAUACCUCCAAGACCAAAAACCGGUGAAAAAGGUUGGAGCUUUUUGUUGGCUUUCGCUCGCAAUUUGCAUAAUUGAGCUUCUCAUAUGCAUCAAGUUUGGACAUGGUUUAUACCCUAAGCCAAUGCCGAAAUGGUUGGUAAUUUUCUGGUCAUCGAUGGGGUUGGCUCUUAUAUUGUUCCUUGUGGUUUGGUCAUGGAAACUGCAGCGGAGUUACGGCAAAAAGAGACAAUAAUUUCGGUAAUGCAAUACACUAUUCUUUUGGUAACUUAGUUACCCUUGAAUUCAACGGAGAAAUGUACAUGCGUGUAACUUUAUCAUAAACUAUAAAUGCAUAUUAUCUAUUCUUUUGUUGUUAGGAUUAGGAUAGAAAAAUAUGCUCCUAAUUUCACCAUUUUAC